AUGGCGAGUCGCGGGGCCCGUUCGUUUUCAAGUCUAGUGUUCACUAAGGAACACGAGUGGAUCUCCUCAGUUGCUGCUGAUGGUGAUCAUGUGGCUACUGUCGGCAUCACUAACUUUGCUCAAGACCAGAUCGGCGAGUUAGUGUAUGUCGACUUGCCGACGGUUGGCUCGGUGUUUCACAAAGACGAAGUGCUGUGUACUCUUGAGAGCGUGAAAUCGGUUGAGGAAGUAUUGUGCCCGGUUGCGGCUGCGGAAGUAUUGGAGACAAACGUUAAGGUUGAAGACACUCCUGACUUGGUCAACUUGGACCCUGAGCAUGACGGUUGGCUGGUUCGCAUACAUUACGAGGGAGAUGUAGAGGCUGAUGGAAAGAACUUCUUCAGUGAGGAGGAGUAUCGAAAAGGCCACAGUGUUGAAGUCUUCGAGUAA